AUGCCCUCCCUCCUCCCUCUCUUCCUCCUCUCUCUCAUCCUCCUCCUACCCAUAUACCUCAUCCACUCCACAACAAGAAAAUCACCCAAAAACACACCCCCAGGAUCCUUCGGAAUCCCGUUCAUUGGGCAGAGCCUCAGCCUCCUGUGGGCCAUGCGCGCCAACACCGCUGACGAAUGGAUCGCCAGCAGAGCCCGGAGAUACGGUGCCGUCUCGAAACUGAGCCUCUUUGGCACACCAACCGUGUUCAUCUACGGCCAGGCUGCCAACAGGUUUCUUUUCUCUGGCGACGGGGGCAAACUGAGCAAUCAGCAGACGGACUCCGUGAGGAUGGUCUUAGGCGAUCGCUGCCUGUUGGAGCUUGUUGGAGAGGACCAUAAGCGGAUACGAAACGCGCUUUCGUCUUUCCUGAAGCCGGAUAGCUUGAAGGAUUACAUCGGUAAGAUGGAGGAAGAAGUGCUGAUGCACCUUCGUAUGCAUUGGCAUGGGAAGAACAAUCUCAAGGUUCUGCCACUAAUGAAGACGCUGACAUUCAACAUAAUAUGCUCACUUCUGUUUGGUGUUGAGAGAGGAUCAGUGAGAGACACACUUGUAUUGUAUUUCCAAGAGAUGGUUGAUGGGAUUUGGUCUCUCCCUCUCAAUCUGCCCUUCACACGCUUCAACCGAAGCCUCAAAGCAAGUGCUAAGGUUAAGAAGAUGUUGAGCCAUCUUAUAUCCGAGAAGAGGGCUCAGCUCGCUGCCGGAGCUUCGUCUCACCAAGACCUAAUCACGUGCUUGCUCACGUCUCACGACGGCCAGUUAGUGUCCGAAGAUGAGAUCAUACACAAUGUUAUGCUAAUCAUGGUUGCAGGCCACGACACUUCCUCGAUCUUGAUCACCUUCAUGGUAAGAGUUCUGGCGAACCAUCCCGAGAUACACGCAGCAGUUCUCGCAGAGCAAGAAGGGAUCAAGAAAGGUGGAGCUUUCUUGACAUGGGAAGAUCUUGGCAAGAUGAAGUAUACCUGGAGAGUGGCGAUGGAGACUCUCCGGAUGUUCACCCCACUGUACGGAGGGUUCCGGAAGACGCUGGAGGACAUCGAGUAUCAAGGUUACACGAUACCGAAAGGAUGGCAGAUUCUAUGGGUGAGCGGCAUGACUCACAUGGAUGAUAGCAUUUUCCCAGAACCAUCAAAGUUUGAUCCGGGACGGUUUGAAAAUCCGGCAGGGGUUCCGCCAUACACUUACAUUCCGUUCGGAGGGGGGGCACGUAUAUGCCCGGGAUACGAGUUUGCCAAGAUUGAGACACUAAUCACUAUCCGUUACCUGGUUACACACUUCACGUGGAAGCUCUGCUGCAAUGACAACCGUUUCCGAAGGGAUCCGAUGCCAGUUCCUACUCAAGGACUUCCCAUUCAGAUUAUGCCCAGGAAGGAACUCGCUCUAACUGCUUGAACCAUUUAUUUGCUACAUCCUUUGUAAACCUAAGUUCAUACUUUGUAGAACAUGAAAUUAUAAAUUCCAGAAAACGAAGGUACUUUUA